AUGGGUGCCAAGCAGACCAAGGGCCAGGAGGCCGGAGGGGCCAGCCCCCAGCACGGCUGGAGACGGACGCCCACCAAAGAGCGGGGCGACAUCCUGGCCUCCCUCAUGCUGAAGUCGGGGGACCGGCUGAGCCGAGGCGGGACGACCACGACGCCGCCGCCGCCCUACCAGCGCCGCAUCGGCAUGAUCCAGGAGAUGAUGCUGAUGGCCAAGCAGGGCAAGCACGACGAGGCCACGGAGAUGCUCAGGACACUCCGACAGGACCUGGGCAUGGAGUCAACAUCUCUGGAUGACGUGUUGUAUCGCUACGCCAGCUUCAGAAACCUUGUCGACCCCAUCACGCACGACCUGAUCAUCAGCCUGGCGCGAUACGUCCACUGCCCCAAGACGGAGGGCGACUCUCUCGGUGCGAUGGAGAAAGUUUGUCGUCAGCUGACGUAUCAUCUCAGCCCGCACUCUCAGUGGAGGAGACAGGGCCUCCUCAAGAGGAAACCUCAGGCCUGUCUGAAGGCGGUGCUGUCGGCGCCUCUGUCCAGCGGGGCGUUGGAUCUGUCCGGUAUCCCUCUGACGGCUCGGGACAUGGAGCGCCUGUGUUCACACUUGCAGCGCCACGUGUCCAUGGUGGUCAGCCUGGAGAUGGGCUUCAGCGAGCUGACGGACGAGGCCUUCCUCCUGCUCCUGCCGACGCUGGCCACCCUGCCGCACCUGGAGACCCUGACGCUGAACGGGAACCGGCUGACCAGAGCCGUUCUGAAGGAGCUGACUGACGCUCUGAAGGAUCCGUGCAGUUUCCCCAGCGUGACAUGGAUCGACCUGGGCAACAACGUGGACAUCUUCUCUCUCCCGCAGCCCUUCCUGGUCAGCCUGAGGAAACGCUGCCCCAAACAGGGAAACCUUCCCACCAUCCUGGAGUUCGGAGAGAGUCAGGCCAGCGACCCCCCCGAGAGGCUGAGGGGGCUCGGGGAAGAAGAGGAGACCGACCGGACCGAGAGCAUGGGGGAGCUCCGGUCGGAGGUGGAGGAGGAGCUGGACGGGGAGAUGGAGAUAGAGGAGAUGAUGGAGGAGCUGCUGGACUUUGACCGGGAGGUGCAGGGGAAGGACGACGAGGACGAGAGCAUGUGGACAGUAGGGGAGCAGAGGAAAGCCGGGAGGAGGAGGGGAUGGAGAGGGGAGGAGGAGGGGGGAAAGGAGGCGCGGCGGUCGAGCGGGAAGGCGGUGAUGGCGGACGACGACGACGACUCCUCCCACCUGUCCUGCUCCAGCCAGUCGCAGCACUCCUCCGGAGCAUUGGAGCCAAUGAGAGCGGAGGUGGACGACUUGGACGACUUGGACGAGGCGACGGACCGAUCGGAUCACCUGACCUGAUCGCUGCUCCUUCCUCCGCCCUUGUCUUUUCCCCACCUGUGUGUCGAGUCCUGUGCGUGAAGGAGACGAGAGGAAAGUCUCCUUCAGAGGACGACUGAGUGUGCUCGAAGUCGAAGCGGCGUUUUGAAGGAUGUGAAUCCACAGGAACACGCCAACGGAAGCGUUCAGACACUGACGUCUGAGACUGAGACAUGAGAGGACAAUCUGUUUUAUCGUAAAUGUCUGUUUUUAAAUAGACCAAGGAUACUAAUGCAUAGAAUAGACCGAUUAUAUCACAUGAGGCUUUUAUGUAUAGAAUCUUUAUUCAGGUCCUGGUUACCGUGGUGAUACCUACAUGUGCCUGUGACACAUCCCGUUAAAGAGUGUGUGUUGAAAGAUCAAAAAAAAAGAAAAAAAAAAGAGAUGCACACAAACUAGUCAGGGCCUUUUAAACCUUUUGAAAAAUGUUUUUUGUUUUUGUUGCCAAAAACUAGAAGUGAUUUAAAUGUUUUCCUCCCACGUACGUCUGCGGCUACCCAGAUGGAUCUGAAGAUAGACGGGAAAUCAAAAAAGUCAAGACGAGUCGAUUCAGCAGAGAAAAACAGUCGCUUUUAGAUCAAAAAUAAAUUAAAAAAGAACAGAUGCACCGAGCUUCAGUGGAAGAGAAAAUGCACCACAGAUGAAAUUAGUCAGCUGAAACCAAAAGAAAUAAACAACUUAUAAAAGAAAAAUACAGAUAUUUGAGGAUUGUGAGGAAAGCAGUAAAAAAAACCGUCUUGCUUUGACGUCCAUGUGGAGUGGAUAGACGAGAUGCUGCGGUGUAAAGAUGAAAUAUGAAGUAGCCUUUUUUUCUCACAUGCUUACAGUGCUGCGUUUAUAUAUCAGCUAUGAUCACAUUCACACAACCCUCAUGCAGUUUGUAGCUCUCACCCGGCCGUGCUUUCCAUUUCAACGUGUCACUUAUAAUCCAAUGCAAAGCUUUAAGAAACAAUCUGUAUAUUUAAAUGUACAGUAUAUACAGUAUGCUGUUUUUUUUUACAUGUGCAGGGGGGGGGGCGUUGUUUAGAUUGUAGAUCAUCUAUUUGAAGAUGAAAUCCACUCAUUUCAAGAACUAAUGUAUGUUAUUUUUGUAGUCGGGGAUAGUUCCAGCUAUGUACAUGAAUUAUGUUUAAAUGUUGUGUUUAAACAUGUGAAGCAGACUCUUAAUUUGUGAUAUUAUUAUUAUUAUAAAAAUGAGGAAAGGUUUUAUUGAAAUGGAAAGGAGGAGAAUAUUAACACAUGUAGAAUAAACCUUCAUUUCAAAGCAGCUUAGAAAUGUAUUAAUAUAUGCAUACUUUUCCCCAGUCAGCUGCAAAGGGAUUUACCUUCGAAGCGUGUGUGGCAUAAACAUAAAUAAAAAUGAAGGCCUUUAAUAAGCUGCAGUUGCAACACAUCGUCAGGGAAAUUUCAUCUUAACACGCAUGUAAAAGUUUUUGGUGUGCAAAUUGCAAUCCAGUAUAUCUCCCUGCUGCUAAUCCUCCCACCUUUAUAGAUGUGCAAUACUAAAUUGCUGAAGUAGCCCUUUACAAUACAGAUGUUGUGGCUUAUAAUCCAACCAACAGACGCUGCAUAGGAUCCAUGUUUUCAUUUCAUUAUGGCUCUCUGCUAGCACUAUUUAUUACCUCUGCAAAGGAUUUGAAUUAAGCUUUGUGAAAAGGUCAGAAAUCAAACAUGUGGAACUAGAAUAUCUUGACAGUGGCAUUGGCAGAUGUUUGUACUGUAGUUAAUGACCAAAGUAUUUCCUGCAAAGCUAAAUUUGGUCUGAAAGAUUGUAUGCAACCAUAUUCUGAUAAGCAAGAAAUAAUUAUAUUAAACUCAAAUUAAAUGUCUGAUUAAGGAGUAUAAAUACAAAUUCAGUAUAAAUUAUGUGAGUCGUUUUUUUUAAAGGUACAGUGUCAUUAAAAUUGAUGGAUUUACGUUUAGCAGAGCCACUAAAACACAAGACAAGCAACUAUUUAAAGCAAGGGUUGGUAAUGAUUUGGGAAAUAUUUGUUUUUAUAUUUGUUGGUAAAUGCAGGAUAACCACCGCUUCAUCCGGCUUUAUCUCAAAUAAGGUGCUAGAAAUCGAAAAGUGCAAACUUGUAAAAUAGAUAUCAGCACACUUAAAUCUAUGCAGAGGUCUUUAGACCAAAAGCUAAAAAUAAGGUGUUCUGAGCAUGGAUUUAAGUGUGCCGAUAUCUAUUCUACCAGUUUGAUAUAUUUAUUGAAAUAUUGAUUACAUCCAGACAGUGACAAAUA